AUGCGGAGAUUGAAAGUUAAGCUAGAUCAUGUUGGAGGAGAUUGGGUAGAAGAAUUGCAAAGUAUUCUCUGGACCUACCGUACAAUGCCCUGGGAGAGCACAGGCCUCACUCCCUUUCAUCUAGUCUACGGCAAUGAAGCGGUGGUGCCUAUAGAGAUCAGGGUGCCUUCCACUAGAAGAAUGCUGUAUGACGAAGAGAAUGCCGAAAGGAGACUUGCAGAACCGGAUCUCAUUAGUGAAACUCGUGAAUGGACAGCAGCCAGGCUAGAGGCCUAUCGACAAAGGAUGAAGCAGAAUUAUGAUAGGAGGGUGGUUCCUCGUUUCUUUGGAGUAGGGGACCUGGUCUGGAAGCGAGCGAAACCUGUGGGGGAUGUAGCCAAGCUAGCACCCCAAUAG